AUGGAAUCAUACCAUAGGCUUGAGAGAUCCAAAGCCGUGGAUUUGCCAUGUGAAUGCAAUUUUAUUAUGCAGCAAUGGCUAUAUCGCAGAGCAAUACAUACCAAGCGUUAUAGAAAGAGAUACACUAUUCUUUAUAACGACAAACUAUACACAUUUGCUAAAACACCGGCCCUAGACAAAUGUGACCCUCAAGAACUGUCAAAUGUAUUAAAAACAGCAACAAACGUCUGGGAUUUGACAGGUUCAACAGUUUCUGCAGAGCCAGACGUAAUAGGAGGCUUAUACAGAUGGAAAAUAGUCUUUAGAAAAUCCAAAAAGGUUGUUACUAGUACCGAAAAAUUUAUGAAGUUCAUCUCAAACAAACAAAAUUUAAGCACUGGAUAUGAAGAUAGCAUCCAUGAUGUCUUUGAAAAAUUCACACAGAAUAAUACCGAGCCAGGAACUAACCCGGCAGAAUCGCAAGAUCAUGUCUGGUUUGCUGCUACCAACCACAAGGUCGCAACUGAUUGGGUUAUUGCACUUAUACAGACCUCAAGAUACGGAUCUCUGUAUAAUGUUGUCUAUAAAAACCCAUUCAAAAGAAAGUACUUGCAAUUUACACCUCCUUGGUUUUUGGAACCAUUUGAUUUUUUUCCAUCCACAGGUAGUGAUGUACAUUUUCGAGAGAGAGGUGCUUCAUUUACAUACAUGAAAAUAAGCAUAUCUCGUUUGUUUAAUCUACCAAUCUCUGAGAAUGUACAAGUUUAUUGUGUCGUUGAAUUUGGGAGCAGCUUUUAUAGCUUACCACUCUACAAAUAUGAAUAUGAAACAAUAUUUACGUUUGUACCGAGUAUUAACGAAGACUCAACACCAGUAAACAUAACAGAAACGGGAAGGUAUUACAAUACAGAUCAUGGAAGUUUAGUUCCUUUGAGAAAUUUUUUGCAAUUAGAUGAAAAGGCUGAGUCAAGUGAGGAGGAUAUGUUAAUGGCUGUUGGAGCAGGGUACAGCUAUAAAAAACACAUAAAUGUCAGAAGCUACAAAUCUGGUACAAAUACGGGUAUGCAACCAGGGACCAGCGUAAUCACUAGGCUUUUAAAUUUGAACGCCAAUAAUACUACAGAAAAGAACCAGGUUGUUGAAAAAAAGAGUAUUAUGUACAAUAAAGAUGCCUGUAUAUAUAUUCCAAUCUUAAAGAAUACUUCCCAAGAGAUCAUAUGGAUCCAUUUUUUCCACAGUUCAGACAAUUAUAUUGGAAGUGCAUCUAUAAAAGACUUGGAUAUCGGAAUUAAAGAGCCAGCUACAGUUAAAACUUGCAUGAUUAAAGUAGUACACGCUUUAAAUCCUCUAAAUUAUAAAAGGAUAGAACCAACAGACUAUUCUUUAGAGUCUACAGUCUUGUCUGUUAGCAAUCCAAAGGAUAUUCUAAAUAAUAAUGGAUUUGUUGAAUUAUCUGUAAUAAUUCCUAGGAAAUUGGGAGAUUUUUUCUAUCCAGUUACCCUUUCUUUUGGAUCUCAUGGUGAAUAUGUUUCAAAGGCUACAAAAGCCUCGGUAACUGCAGGUGUUCAAAUGUUAAUGUCAAAUAUUAGGAGGAUAAAACCACUGUACAAGCAUAUUAGUUCACUUUGGCAUUAUAUAAAAUCAGUUCUAGAAUUUAAACACAUGGAAAGGUCGUUUUUUUGGCUUGCGUACUUGAUUUUUUCCUUUGGAGUAUUCCCAAAUAGGCUUUUAUUAUGGACAACCUUACCGAUUAUUAGGUAUCUAAUAUCUAAUCAUCCGUCAUUUAAGAUAAAAAUAUCGGAAUGGCUCUUGAGGUACCCAAUAUUGAUUUUUUUAUUGCCAAGAUAUUUAAUUUACCCAUAUCUAGUACUACCUAAAUCAGCGUGUGUAGUUUGUUGCAAGAAACAUUCGUUUUUGAGGGAGAAUGCCCAAUCCAUUAAUCCAGAUGCGGUAUAUAAAACCCUGAUGGUUUCUAGGUAUUUUCAUACGUCUGAUAUUAAAUCACAAUAUUUCGGUCGUGAUUCUGCAAAGUAUGUUACCUCUUGUGCAACAAAGAUCGCAGGUAAAGAGCAAAAGGAUGAUAUACAAGAAACAGCAGACAAUCCAUAUACUGAGGAAUUUACUGUUACAGAUGUUUCUGGAGUUCUAAAUGUUCCAGUAGAUAAUGUACUUUUGCCAUUGCACGGUUCACAACCAGAACAUACCAUAGAGCCUAAUAGCAACCUUGCAGAUAAAUCAUUACACAUUCGGGAUUAUAGUGAAAAGAAAAUUUCAGUUUAUACAAUGAGUAUUCCACUUGUGACAUCUAAACAUGUUUUAAAUGAUUCUGUACUUUAUCCAAAGUUUUCUGGCACACAGGUGGAUUGUUGCAGUCAUAGAGGGAUAGUACUGUCAUAUCUUGCUGCUAUGUUUUUUACAGAGAUGGGAGAGUCUGUAUUUUCCAGCAUAAAUGGAGGCCAGUAUGAAAUACUGGAUGGGUUUCAUCAGGUAUUUUACAAUCCACCUCCUUAUAGAACAUCAAUGUCCACAUACAAAAAUGUAAUAUUUACAAUCAAGUACUUUUUGUAUAUGAUCUUCCUUACCUGUUUUGGUGGUAUUUCUGACAUCAACAUACUACACUUGAUGCAUAAAAACAAGUUGUUUAAAAAGCUUUCAAUUGAGUCUACUAGUAAUAAAUUUGUGAAUUUCAAUGAAAUUUGCAGUGGUAUAAAGGGGAAAAAAUUAAAAGUAUAUGAAAAUGAACGUAGGUUUAUGUUUGGAAAUUUUUCUAGUGCGAAUUUGCGAUUUUAUGAGAGGAGUCAUUUUUCUACUGAGGAUGGAAAGGAUACUGAACUGGAUGAUUUGUCAAAAUACAAUGCCCACCUUGUCAUAAAUUCAAAAACUGACAAAAAUGGAUGGGUGUAUGCUAAAAAUUGGAAUGCUGCAUGGGUACCUGAUUCAACAGCCUUUACAUUUGUACGCAGAAGACAGUGGAUACUAACUCUGAAAUAUACAGAUAUAUCAAAGAGGAGACCAUCUCUAUGCAUGUAUACAUCAGGAAACAUGGGAAAAAGUUCAUUUAAAUAUGCUGGAGGAUUGGGCGAUAUACAAAGAAGAUCACAAACCGAAAAAGAGCCGCUACUAGACAAAACUUUAUCCAGUACCAUUACCACUACAAACCAAUAUCAGCAGGAUACUGGCCGUUCAUUUUUAUUUUUCAAUAAAAAUUUAAAGAAGCCAGAAAAACAGAAUAAUUCAGUGAAAAAAUUGUUUUCAAGGUUCAAGGCAUUCAAAGAACGAAAAAAGGAUCAGGGGCAAUAUGAGGUUUCUCCAUUAAAGGAUCCGCCUAAAGCUGUAAAGACAAAGUCACGUUUCUUCGACAGGUUUAAAAUUUCCUUAAAGCCCUCAAACUUAUCUUCUUUGGAGACCUCACAGCUUGAUACAUUAGAAUAUAAUUCUUCAUCACAAAACACGACUCCCAGUAUAACUCCUACAGGCUGCCCAAGUGCUAGGAAUUUAUAUACUCCUGCAUUACCUUCUGAGGAACAAUUAUCCCGUCGUGAAAUAUCGCAGCUUGAUAGUGAUAUUCAAAGCUAUACUAGUGAAAUAUCCGCUAUUGAUGACGUGCAUAGCGUUACUAGCGAAACACCAUACUCUUCAGAAGAUACAAACACUCUUUUCACGUUCAAGCUUAUGGAAGCAUUUUUUGCACUGUUGAUUGUAUUACUAAUUUGUGUUAUACUAGAUAUGGCAAAAAUUUCUCUAGAAAUUAUUUGGAUGAUUAUAAAGUUAAUUUUAGGUAUGAAAACAACACAUGGAGAUGCAUGUGAUGAAAUAAAAUUGGAUCACGAAAUGAGUGAUGCAGCUAGACGUGAAUAUGAAAUGUUCAAAAAACCGUAUAUAUGUACUAUAGUGCCCAAAGAUGGACGUAAUUGGUUUAAACUUAGAAAAAGACGACGUUGUUUUAUGUUACCGGAGAGAUUACGCAUGGAUAUAGAACCUUAUAUAUCUAUUCCCUUAAAUACGUUUAUGGAUGAUACACGCGAUUCCGAUGAUAUUGAGUCACACAGAUAUAACCCUACUCUGGAUUCAGAUUUUAUGACGGAGGAAAGUGGAGUAGAAGGAAUUAGAAAAAAGAGAACUGUUUAUGGUGUUGACGAUUUUGAAGAUUCAGAUUCUAGCAUGGAUAGUCAACCCAUCGCUGCAGAUUUUUUUAACGAUGAUAUUUGGGAUGAUAAAUCUGGAUUGAAAAGAAUAUCUUCGGUGGAUCUUUAUGAAGAUGACCUCUUUUUUACCUUCUCCAGGGAAAAAGGAAAUGAUGAUUCAGUUGAACGCAUGGAGUCUCCACACCUUAGAGAGGAUUUAGAAGAUAUAAAGCUGCAAAAAGAAAAAAGAGGAACAAUAUACCGAUAUAUCCGUAGUGUGUAUAGGGGUAGGACGAAAAAAACUAGGGAUGAAACAGGAGGAUCAAAUCCUCUCUCUGAUUACGAUCAAGAUUCGGAUGACGAUGCAUCAUCUCAAAAUAAACUUAGCGUUAUAGGGAUGCUACGUAAGUUUAAGGAUAAGAUAACAUAUGCCAACUGCAAGAUAAAUUUGUAUAUGACACGUUACGAGAAGUUUGUGAAUAUGUUUUCUUGGAUGAACAGCAACGUUACAAUGAUUAUUUCGGUAUUCAUAUCGGUCCUAGCAUUACUAAACUGUUUUUUGCGAAUAGAGACUCUACUCUUAUUCUUCAUACUCUUGCAAUUUGAGGCUGGAUACAAGAGUGGGACCUGGGAAAGGAACAUCUUGUAUACAACGAAGAGGCAUUUGGACCGUGCCUUUGAAGAUCUAGAGAUAUUUAGACCGCUUUGGGAUCUUUCAAAUCACCAGAUAAAUGCGCUCCUGCAGAGAAUCAAGGAGUUCUCCUCAAUCGAGCUUUCGGUUUCGACUAUUCGCGAAUCAAAGGACGCAUGGCAGUUAGCAUAUACUAUAUCGAAUCGACUUGCUGGUAAGACGUUUUAUAGGGACUGGCGACGACAGAGAUGGAUAGAUAAUCUAUUUCGACGGUCACCAUGUGACAGCUACACUCAACACACCUCACAGUAA